UGCUACUGCGUCGCCGCCGACAAGAGCCUGCGCUGCGACGCCGAUCUCGGCGACGUGCACUCGAGCCUGCGCGACGUACCGCGCACCGACCGCGAGCUGCUGAUAGAGUACGGCGGCUAUGCGACGCUCGCGCAGCGCCACCUACCGGCGCGCGCCGAGCGCGUCUACCUUCCGGGCAACAAGAUCAGCGCUGUCGACAACGACGCGCUGCCUGCCGACGUCGCCCACCUGAGCCUCGGCGACAACAAGCUGACGCAGUUCCCGACGGCGGCGUUGCGUCAUCUUGAAAACCUCGCCGAGCUGGACCUGCGACGCAACGACAUUGAGCGUCUGGGCCCCGACGCUGCACCGGGCAUGCCGGCGCUGCGACGCCUCGAUCUCAGCUACAACGGACUGUCGGCGAUCGACGACGAGGCGUUUCGCGGAUUCGCCGGCGACCUGACCGACAUCGACCUGAGUCACAACGCGCUGACGGAGCUGGGCGAAUCGCUGCAGUACUUCCCGAACCUGCGCUCGCUCAACGUCGACGACAACCGCGUCAGCAACAUCAAGCUCGACCUCGGCCUGCUCAACACCGCCAAGUUGGAAGAGUUCAGCGCCGCCAACAACCAGCUGCAGCGCAUCGAGAAGCACGCGUGGUGGCGCAUGGGCACGACGCUGCGGCGACUCAACCUCGCCGGUAACAGGCUGGUAGACGUGCCCUACAUGGCCGUGCGCUUCCUCAAGUCGCUCGAGAGUCUCGAUCUGAGCAACAACGACAUCGCGCGCCUCUACAACACGUUUCCGUUCAAGUUCGACGAGCUGCGCGAGCUGUAUCUCAGCUGCAACCGCAUCAGCGAGAUCCAGCCGAUUUUCUUUUUUUGGGUGUCGAACUCGCUCGACUUGCUCGACCUGUCGCACAACCGCAUCAGCAACAUCACCGACGACACGUUCGGCUACCUGCCGCAGCUCGGCAGCCUCGAUCUCAGCCACAACGAGAUCCGCAACUUGAAGGUCGGUCAGAUGUCGUUUAUGCAGCGCCUGCGCUCGCUCAAUCUCUCCUUCAAUCGCAUCAGGUACAUUCCCGAGCAGGUGUUCAUCGGUCUGAUCAACGUCGAGAACAUCGACCUGUCGCACAACGAGAUCUGGGACAUACCGACGCUCGUCUUUCGCGCCGUUAAUCCAACGAUACGCAUCGUCAAGAUACAGAACAACUUCAUCUCGAAGGUGUCCGCCUUCGCCUUCUCCUGCCUCAACCUGAUGCGACUUGACGCCAGCUGCAACAUGAUCUCGUCGGUCGACUUCUCGGCGUUCGCCAACUCGCGCUUCGUCACCUUCAUCGACCUGUCGCACAACCGCCUCGCCGAGCUGCCCGGACAGCUGUUCGGCACGACUGGCCGCGUCGAGGAACUUGUGCUCAGCUUCAACGACUUCGCAGACCUCGACGCGAAGGCGCUCGAGGGCGUCGACUACUGGCUGAACUCGACGCGCGGUUUCACGCUGCGGCUCGACAACAACCGCUUUACGUCGGUGCCGUCCGACGUGCUGAAGGCGAUCCCGACGCUCGGCACGCUCGACCUGUCGCACAAUCUCAUCGCCAGCGUCGGCGUCGACGACUUCGCCGGCGUCUUCCGGCUCGUUUACCUCAACCUGAGCAGCAACGAGCUGACGAACAUCGACGCCGGCAGCUUCACGGGUCUGCAGCUUGACAGUCUCAACUUGUCCGACAACCCGGGGCUGGCGACGACGCUAUCGGCCGACACCCUCCGUGGCGCCCUCGUCGGCGAGCUGGUGCUCGACAACGUCGGCUUUGCGACGCUGCCCGACCUCAGCCUCGACGACGCCGAGGUGACGUCGCUGCGGCUGCGCGGCAACCGACUUACGGAUCUGCCCGACGGCGCCCUCUACCGGGACACGGAGCAACUCGACGUCAGCAGCAACGCGUUCACGGCCGUGCCGACGCAUCUGUGGGCGAGCCUGCCGAAGCUGAGAAAGCUGGAUCUGUCCGGCAACCCGAUCGGCGAGAUCUCAGCCGACAGUUUCCGCGGACUGGAGAAUCUCGAGGAGCUGCGACUGAACGACCUCGCCUCGCUACGGCGCUUCGACGCGACGGCUGUACGCGGCCUGACGAACCUGCGCACGCUCGAGGUGACCAACCUCCCCGUAAGCGACCUGCGCAUCGAUGGCCUGUGCCAGCUGCAGCGCUUAGAGACGCUCAGCGUGCAGGUGUCGAGCUUGCAGCGUCCGAUAUGCGACUCGCUCAAUCCGCGCCUCACCUCGUUCCACCUGAUGGGAACCAAUCUGGAGUCCGUCAGUGAAGCUGCUCUGAUUCCGCCGUACUGGACGGAGACGAGCCACGCGCGCACCGCGGAUGGUCGCGGACAGCAAGUCAAGUCAUUCGCUCUGACCAACACCAGGGUAAUGACCGAUGGGAGAGAUGCGAGUUGCUUAGAGAUGACGUAUACAAAGCCACUUGCACCAGCCCCUCACAACUCGAGGUACGACAAUCAUAUUCAUCACCAAGGAGACCCCGUCUACCACGCCUCGAACCACAACGCCACCUACCCCAGCCUCCACCAGGCCUGGCCGAACUACAGCGCCCCCUACCCCAGCCUCCACCAGGCCUGGCCGAACUACAGCGCCCCCUACCCCAGCCUCUACCAGGCCUGGCCGAACUACAGCGCCACCUACCCCAGCCUCACCUACCCCUGGUCGAACUACAGCGCCCCCUACUCCAGCGUCCACAAGGCCUGGCCGAACUACAGCGCCACCUACCCCAGCCUCAACUACGCCUGGUCGAACUACAGCGCCCCCUACUCCAGCCUCCACCAGACCUGGCCGAACUACAGCGCCACCUACCCCAGCCUCAACUACGCCUGGCAGACGACGCCGAGGCAGACGACGCCGAGGCAGACGACGCCGAGGCAGACGCCGAAGCCGACGACGACGACAAGACAACCGACGACGUCGGCGCAGCCGAACAUCAUCAUCGAGACGACGUACUCGCCGAAGACGUGGCCGCCGAUGACCGAUCCGACGUUCGAAGGCAACAUCCAGCUGUACCAGAUGGAUUGCCAGCAGACGUACAUCACCAUCGGCUGGCACGUCAAGUCGACAAUCAAGGACGCCAUCUCCGGAUUCCGCGUCUACGAGCAGGAGGGCGACUACGGCGACAUCGUUGAGAGCUUCGAGCUGAACAACAUGGCGAGGUACCACGUCGUCGACCAUCUGAAGCCCGGCACCAACUACACUCUGUGCGUCUCGAUCGUUAUAGGCGACGCGCUCGCCGCUGCUCCCGGCAAGGGCGACGACAGCGCCUGCAUAACGGUGAUGACGAUUCCGAAAGACUUCAAGGUCUUUAGGAUCGCUUUCUCCUCAGCGGCGCUUGCCGGCGGCGCCUGUGUACUUUAUGCUUUCGCGAAGAACGAGAUUGGUCAGGUUCUAAUGGGCCGCUAG